GAAAGGGAAGUUAGACUUCUUGGAAACUGUUUGUUCAAUUUUGCUAAUCACAUAAAGGGUUAAUGCACGAAUGCGGUUCAUUUUCUAAGAUAAAAAUAAUUUUCACGAGUACAUCUCGCGAAAUACAUAUGUCAUCGUUGAUAAUUAUGACUUUGUAUCCCCACCAACAAUGCAAUAUCUGAUAUUAUUGUUAGUUCAGUAUAAGAAACGCAAUACGUCAGCCUAAACGUGUUUUAAUCUACAUUGCAAGGUCAUUUAGGCGAGGUUAAGUAGCAUUUCGUGGCUUCACAACUAACACGUUGGAAGUGGCCACGUUGGCCUGACGUCCAUAUGACUACCAAUAAGAUAACUAACAUACAGAUCCUCUUUGGAUUUAACCAAUCGUUGGUCACAUAUUUGAUCAUCGUUCAUGUUCCCGCCAAGCACGAGCGAUCUUUUCAGUAAAACGAUCAUCUUUUUGAGGAGCGCCCAGUUCUCCGAAGAUCUCCUCCAUUUUUUCAUAUAAAACGUUUCAUCAAGUACGUAAUCGUGGUGACCAAGGGUGUCCUCAUAUUCUUAUAGUUUUUCAUUGAAACGAAAAAUCCUUCCAGGAUGUGGAUGAUACUUGCAAGUGGCCUUUUGGCUGUUGCACUAGCAAAUUCGGACAAUGCAGCGAGUGUUGCACCGGAAGCAGGUUCCAAAGAAGCCGUACUUCCUCCGGAAGUGGGCUCUAACUUCGAAGAAAAACUCCCAACGACGGAGCAACUCCUGGGGAUGCUCGAUUCGAUGACCGGCUUGUCAGAUGAGGAGAAAUCGAAACUCAGGGAGGAUUUGUUGAAAACUAUCCAAGAAAGUGAUGAUUCUCCACAACUUGGCAGCCAACCGAUGCCUGGCAAUGAUCUCACUAUGCAAACUAUGGUCCUUUUAUCUUUGUUGAGUGUAGUUGCUCUCAUUUUUGUGUUCUUUGUCUACAAAUUAUUCAAGUGCUUGUCGGAGAGGGAGUCGAAGCGGGAAGAAAAAAAGAAGAAUAAACAGAUGAAGAAAAAGAAGUAACGCGAACGAUGUUAAUGGGGGCAUGGCAUUAUGGAAUGCGGCGAGAGAAAUAUGAAUGUGCAACGUAUAACGAAUUGCAGCAAUAUGUACGUUGCAUCGUUUUGCGGAUCUAUUUAUCGUAUUUUAUGUACGAUGAAAGACAAUUUACAUUUCACGACUUACUCUAUUUUGCUAAAUAAAAGAAUAUAUUUAUGAAUAAAAACUGAAGCCCAUUUAUUAGGGGACGAUAUAUUUUGGCAACAAAGGAUAUUUAUUGUGCCGUUCUGUGACAUACAUCAUAUUCGCCGAAAUUUCUAUCGAAAUAUGUAUAUAGCAUGCAACCGAAUAAUACACUUCCAUUUAUUACAGUGGAAGUUCAAGUUCCUAUCCUUGUAAUUUCAUUUCGCACAUUACCUAAAUUAAAAUAUACAACGAUAGUUUUGCCCCAUUUGCUAACACGAUUCUAACAAUUGUUACGCGGCUCAUUAGAGUGAUGUAAACGACACGCGUUUUUACGUUGUAUUGAGCAAUGAGAUGCAUUACUGGUUCAAUUCACAUAUUAAAGGUACAUUCGAUUGUACAUAAAAUAUAGAAAAACGAUGUUAAUAGCCAUAUCGUAAAUAUUGACAUCCAUUCAGGAAUUCGUAUUUAUCAUUAAUUCUGGAAUUGAUUCUUUGCAAGAUUCCUAACUUACGAUUUAACAUUUGGUAGUAAAUUAUAAUACUUGGUAUGUUGUCCAUGAUUUACAAAGAUGUUUAGGGAAAAAUUGAUCUUCCUCUAAUUUGUACUGCGAUAUAGUGUGAACAUGAUUUUCCGUGGCAAAGCAAUCAUUAUUACCCUUAAUUGUCAAACUCUAAUUAAAUAAAUCCUAACACUU